GUCGUUGCUUCCUGACCAUCACUUCAUCGGCCAGCCAUGGUGCUCACCGCGCAGAGCACCUCUGCCGCUGGGGCAGCUGCCUCCUCGUCAUCACAGCCGCAAGCUCGACCGGAGGAUCAGCUGCGAAUCGAGAUGCUGGGCGCGGGCAAUGAGGUGGGACGAAGUUGCUGCGUCCUCACCUACAAGGGCAAGACGGUUGUAUGCGAUGCCGGAGUGCAUCCGGCUUACUCUGGUAUCGCGGCGCUGCCCUUCAUCGAUGAGCUCGACUGGAGUACUGUAGAUGCUCUUCUCAUCACGCAGUGAGUGCCGCGAUCCACUAAAUGGGUAAUCUGCCAACUUGUCGCUGACUGACAGCCAUUAUGCCGCUCGCUCAGCUUCCAUCUCGACCACGCCGCCGCCCUCACCUACAUCAUGGAGAAGACCAAUUUCAAAGAAGGGCGCGGCAAAGUCUACAUGACCCACCCGACAAAGGCAGUCUACCGCUUCCUCAUGUCCGACUUUGUCCGAAUCUCCAACGCAGGCAACGAUGACAACCUCUUCGACGAGGGUGAAAUGCUCGCCUCCUGGCGACAGAUCGAGGCAGUCGACUUCCACCAAGACGUUUCCGUCGGAGGAGGGCUACGCUUCACUCCUUACCAUGCGGGACAUGUGCUGGGCGCAUGCAUGUUCCUCAUUGAGAUCGCGGGGCUACGCAUCCUCUAUACCGGCGACUUCAGUCGAGAGGAAGAUCGUCAUCUCGUUCAAGCGGAGGUACCGCCUGUUCGACCCGACGUGCUCAUCUGCGAGAGCACCUACGGCGUGCAGUCCCUCGAGCCGCGCAUAGACAAGGAGCAGAGAUUCACCCAAAUGGUACAAAGCAUCGUCUCUCGCGGCGGGCGAGUCCUCCUGCCCGUCUUUGUUCUCGGUAGAGCGCAGGAGCUCCUCUUGUUGCUCGACGAGUUCUGGUCGGCACAUCCCGAGCUGCAGAAGAUACCCAUCUACUACGCCUCUUCGCUUGCAAGGAAGUGUAUCAGCAUCUACCAGACGUACAUUCAUACUAUGAAUGACCAUAUCAGGUCAAGAUUCAACAGGCGAGACAACCCCUUCGUGUUCAAGCAUGUCAGCAACUUGAAGUCGCUGGACAAGUUUGAGGACAAGGGCCCCUGCGUGAUGAUGGCCUCCCCCGGUUUCAUGCAAAGCGGCGUGUCCCGCGAGCUUCUCGAGCGUUGGGCUCCCGAUCGUCGCAACGGUCUAAUCGUGACCGGCUACUCCAUCGAAGGCACCAUGGCGCGCAAUAUCCUCAAUGAGCCCGACGAGAUUAUCUCCGUACAGGGCCAAAAGAUUCCCCGUCGCAUGUCCAUCGACUACAUUUCCUUCUCUGCUCACGUCGAUUACGCCCAGAACUCCAAGUUCAUCGACGAGAUCAAGGCGCAACACGUCGUGCUUGUGCACGGUGAGGCCACGGCGAUGGCUAGGUUGAGGGCGGCGCUGCAGAGCAAGUACUCUGAGCGUAGUGAGGAUGUCAAAAUUCACACGCCAAGGAAUUGUGAGCCCCUCCGGCUGCAAUUCAAGGCCGAGCGGCUCGCCAAGGCCGUGGGCUCUAUCGCGGAGAAACCUCCCAAGGCUGGCAGCACGCUCAAAGGCUUGCUGGUGAGCAAGGAUUUCGCAUACACCAUCUUGGACCCAAAGGACCUGGCGGAGUUCACUGGCCUCAAUACCAGCACCAUCAUCCAGCGACAACGCGUAGCCCUCAACGUCGGGUGGGACAUGGUGCGCUGGCACCUCGAGGGGAUGUACGGCUCCGUACAGGAGGGGGUCGACGUCGAGGGCAGGAGGACGAUGCGCGUCAUGACUGCAUUGGAUGUCAAGCAGUCCGGCGUGCACGAGCUGUUGCUCGAAUGGGUGGCGAGCGUCAACAAUGAUAUGGUGGCGGAUUCGGCAUUGGCGCUCUUGUUGGGGAUCGACUCAAGUCCCGCGACGGUCAAGAUGACUACGAGGCCUUGUGGACAUUCGCAUGGGCAUGAGGGGCAGGGCAAGGGGGACGCAGCGGAGGAGGCGAAGGAGGAAGAGGAGACGGUGGAGACGGUGGAGAAGCAUCCGCACGCAGAUAAGGUGAUCAAGGAUGCAGAGGAGGCGGCGACUGCCAAGCGUGCUGAGCGGGCGAUGAAUGUGGCGUCCUUCCUCGAGGCGUACUACGGCGACGUGGAGGAGAUUCAGAUUGGUGGCAGCCAAGACACCAGCAUGAGCGAGGACGAGAAGGCAGAGACGAAGAGCGAAGAGGACGUCAAGGCCGAGCAAGAAAAUGGCGACUCUGUCGCCGAAGCAAACGGCGACGCUAAGAUGGGCGAAGGCGAGCAGCAAGUCAACGGCAACGGAGAAGUAGAGACCUCACCCGCGACCACCACCUCCGCAGCAGAGCCGGCCGCCUCCGCGCCCACACCUCCCCCUCCCUCUCUCGAAUCCACCAUCCCCGGCCCCUCGCGUCAAGCGCUUCGCGUCCGACUCGACGACAAGGUCGCCAUUGUGGACCUGGAGGACGCCCUCUCCUCCUCCUCCACCACCGCCGCGACGUCAGCGCACCUCUCCGUCUACUCCCGCAGCGAAGCCCUGCGUCGUCGCGUGCUCCACCUCGUGGCGCUGGCAGACAGAGCGGCAACUUCUGCCGCGGACACGUUUAGGAUGGAUGAGCCGAUGUGCUCUGAGCUCUUCCUCGGGGUGCAUAGCAGGCCGGUGGAGCCUGGUGAGGCAGAUGAUGAGGAGCGGGGCAUUGAAGGAGCGGAGGGAAAGAAAAGGGCAAGGAUCAUGGCGUAGACUGGAUGAUAUUGUGAGAGAGAGAGGAGGGGAAGGAGCGCACCCGUGAUCGUGACUUUGU